AUGCACACUGCGGAAACGCGUGGCCUGUGGACAGCCGAGGCGGAGGCGGAGGAGCGGCUGCGCGCGGAGGCCGGGCUGGAGCUGCGCGCGCCCGUGCGCGAGGAGCAGUUCGCCGCCGUCAUCGCCCACCUGCGCCACAACUUCUUCGCCGACGAGCCGCUCAACCGCGCGGUGGCGCUGUGCGCGCCGGGCCAGCCGCACGCCGAGCUCGAGGCCCACGCGCUCGCCACGCUGCGCGACGGCCUUUCCUGCGUCGCGCUGCACGGCGCCACUGGGCAGGUGGCGGGCGUGGCGCUGAACGGCGUGACGCGGCCGGGCGACGUGGCGCGCGCGCGGGCGGCGCUGGACGCGUUGGCCGACACCAAGUUCCGGCGCAUCUUCUCGCUGCUGUACGGCGCCAACCUGCAGCUGGACCUGUUCGGCGCGCACGGCGUCGACCGCGUGUUCGAGUGCCGCAUCCUGUCGGUGGACCGGCGCUGGCGCGGGAAGGGCCUCGCGUGCGCCCUGCUGCGACGCAGCGAGGCCAUCGCGCGCCAGCACGGAUUCAAGGUGCUGAAGGAGGACGCGACGGGGCUGUUCUCGCAGCGCGUGGCGGAGCGGUGCGGCCUGCGCGCAGUGGCGCAGGUGCGCUACGUCGACGCCGCCGCCCGCGACGAGGCCAGCGGCCACGCGCCCAUCCUCCCGCCGCGCCCGCACGACUGCCUCAAGGUCAUGGUCAAGAUCCUGCACUGA